AUGGCGGCUGCCGAAAGGGAGGCUAUAGCUGAGAAGGAAAGCAUCGGCAAAGAGACAGCGCCGUCGUAUGGCGCCUGUGCAGAGGUGCCCGUGAUGGAGGAGUGGGGAGAUCCCUCGACUCUGCUCGUCCUCAUCUGGUCAGGGCUCGGCCAGAUCUUGGCGCCCAUGGCUCUGGUAGUUUCCUACAACAACCCACGGCUCUUCAGCAGCACGCCUCAGGAGAGUGGCUUCAUGAUGCAUUGCGAGGGCCACUCCUUUCAAGUGAAGAGCGCUUGCGACUGGACGACGCCGGCGGUGCGGAUCUUCCCUGUUCUGGGCCUCUCUUUGCCCGUGCUGCUGGCUUUGUGGAAGAUGUUGCACAUGAGGGCGUACUACGUCCUGAUGAGAAACCGCAUCAUGAUCAGUUUCCGCGAAGGGCGGCGCCUGGGCUUCAAGUGCGGCAUGGGCCUCUCUGUAAUCUUCCUCCAUGCCCUCGCCCAUUUUGGCCUCAUGGUAGUAUUUGGGAAGCCCUGCGACGACGAGUCGUGCCAAGGGAAGCACAUCCUCAACACCAGCUGGAAG